GUCGUCGUCGUCGUCACCGGUCUCGCCACCCUCAAGGUGAAUAUGGUCCCUCUUAUCCGCAUCGGCUGGGCGGCUUGCUGGCACGCUGGCAUGCGCAACAACGGCACACCUUGGGUUACGACGAUUCACAUACCUCGAUUGCUACAGUCGUACAGGAUGGAGGAGUAGUCCAAGCUUGUGUCGGCGGCCAUUAGCAUGCAUUCGCCAGCUCGUCUUGACUCGUGCUUUGCGCGACACUCAGACGAGCAAUUUGUGCUUACUUUGGCUCUCUCGUCCUAGACUCUCCGGCCUUCAUCCUUAUCGCAUCUUCAAAAUGGUCCGCGUCUCCGUACUCAACGAUUGCUUGAACAACAUCGUCAAUGCCGAGCGCCGUGGCAAGCGCCAGGUCCUCAUCCGCCCUUCCUCGAAGGUUGUCGUGAAGUUCCUCAGUGUCAUGCAGCGCCAUGGCUACAUCGGGGAGUUCGAGAUCAUUGACGACCACCGUUCCGGCAAGAUCGUUGUCCAGCUUAACGGCCGUCUGAACAAGACUGGUGUUAUCUCGCCCAGGUUCAACGUCCAGGUCACUCAGAUUGAGUCCUGGGUCAACUUGUUGCUCCCCGCUCGUUCGUUCGGCUACAUCAUCCUCACGACUUCUUCCGGUAUUCUCGAUCACGAGGAGGCUCGUCGCAAGAACGUUGGAGGCAAGAUUCUCGGCUACGUCUACUAGGUGUUCCCCAGAGGGUUGUGAUGCCUGUAGGUAGUGGCUCCGAGUCGACACUCCAUAUCUCAUGCCUGUAUUUUUCUGGGUUUCCUACCAUGCCAAAAUGCCUCGCCUAUGAUCGGGCCUUGUUUAUGCCAUAUUUAUCGGAGUCCUUUUGCCGCCAGUCUCAUCAUCUAAGCUGUAACUUGGAGUCUUUUCAUAGUUUCGUUGACGGCUGUCCCCAAUGAAGUCCGG